AUUACAGUGACACUUAAUAAAUAAAAAAGCUUUGUUUAGGUUAUGUUUACAAGAAUUAAAUAAAAUUUAAAUAAUAUAUUAAAAUAAUUGGUUAUGGCUGAUCCCGGUUCUUCAACAUGUACGUUUAUGUUUAAAAAGCGUAACAUAAAAUCUCGCGAAGCUAGAAAACGUAAAAACUCUUCAUCAGAAAACGAUAAAAGUGAAGAAGAAGAGAGUAGUAAUGUAAUUAAAAGAGGUCAUAGAAAAAUCAAGGCUAAUCCUAACGUUCAAAGUACUGCAAGACUGAAACAGAAAGCCGGAGGUGGUAACGAUACUACUAGUAGUAGUAGUGAAGAAGAUGUGGUUACUGUUAAUUAUAAAUCUAAGAAAAGUGUUAUGCCAGAAGGGCCGAAUGAUCAAGGUGCAACAGCUACAUUGGAAAUAGAAACAGAAAAAGAUCGAGAUGCUCAAGCAAUUUUUGAAAAACGUUUAGAAAUAAACAAAGAACUUGAAGGUCAAGCCGAUGAUAAAGUUUACCGUGGGUUAAAUAAUUACGCCCAAUAUUAUAAACCGAAAGAUACCGCAGCAGGAAAUGCAAGUUCCGGCCUUGUAAGACGUGGUCCAAUUAGAGCUCCAUCGAAUUUAAGAGCAACAGUAAGAUGGGAUUACCAACCAGAUAUAUGUAAAGAUUACAAAGAAACCGGUUUCUGUGGUUUUGGUGAUUCAUGUAAAUUUUUACACGAUCGCAGCGAUUAUAAACACGGUUGGCAAUUGGAACAAGAAUGGGAUGCUGGGGAAUAUGGAAAAGAAAGUGAUGAAGAUAAAAAGUACGAAAUUGAUUCAGAUGAUGAUGAUCUACCGUAUAAAUGUGUUAUUUGUCGUAAAAAAUUUGUUGAUCCGAUUAUAACAAGAUGUAAGCAUUACUUUUGUGAGAAAUGUGCGGUUGAAAGGUAUAAGAAAUCGACGAGAUGUUUUAUUUGCAACGCACAAACGAGUGGUGUCUUUAAUCCUGCGACGCAAUUGUUGGCUAAAAUUAAAAAGGCCAAGCCUGAAGAUACGGAUGAUGAAGAAGAAAAUAGCGAUGAUGAUAAUAAAAUUAAAGAUGAACCAGUUGGUUCAGAUUCCGAUUAAUUUUAAUUAAAAAAUGUCAUUUUUAUUAUUUGUAAAUAAAGAUGAAAUUGGUUCAAAACCUAA